CAAUGGCGGAUGGGUGGAGCUUUCAGACUUGGAGGACUGUGAACUCUUGUGUAACAGCUGCUUUCCAGAGUGCCAAGAGACAAAAUCCUACAAGAAUAAGGAAACGCUGAACCAGGAAUCAUGGAAGCCAAACCCAAGCUCUACUACUUUCAAGGCAGGGGAAAGAUGGAGUCGAUCCGCUGGCUGCUGGCUGCGGCUGGAGUGGAGUUUGAAGAAGAAUUUCUUGAGACAAGAGAACAAUUUGAGAAGUUGAAAAACGAUGGACGCCUGCUUUUUGGCCAAGUACCUUUGGUUGAAAUGGAUGGAAUGCUGCUGACACAGACCAGAGCCAUCCUCAACUACCUCGCUGCCAAGCACAACUUGUAUGGGAAGGACCUGAAGGAGAGACUCAGGAUUGACAUGUAUAUUGACGGCAUCCAGGACCUGAUGAUGAUGAUUAUUGGGGCUCCAUUUAAAGCCCCUCAGGAAAAAGAGGAAACCUAUGCUUUGAUAGUGACAAAAGCUAAAACCCGUUACUUCCCAGUGUUUGAAAAGAUUUUAAAAGACCACGGAGAGGCUUUUCUUGUUGGCAAUCAACUCAGUUGGGCAGACAUACAGCUGCUAGAAGUCAUUUUGAUGACUGAAGAAGUCUGCGCUCCUGUGCUGUACGACUUCCCUCUGCUGCAGGCAUUUAAGACAAGAAUCAGCAACAUUCCUACAAUUAAGAAGUUCCUGCAACCCGGAAGUCAGAGGAAGCCACCUCCAGAUAGCCACUAUGUUGAAGUGGUCAGGACCGUCCUGAGGAUCUAGUGGCAGCAUGCUUUAAGGUGGCUACUGCAAGGAUUCUAUCACAGCAUCGCUAUAGGCCAGCUGCAGAACAUUCCAGAAGCAAGGUGUAGAUCCCAGAAGUAAAGGUCUUCAAACAACAAAAUCUACAAUGACCCACAAUGAGAAAUGGCAAUUAAAUUCAGUGAAAAACUGUUCUUAUUGGUGAGGUGUUUGCUUUGUUUUAAGCUUGUCAGCUGUGGAUGACAGUCUACAAAUGUCAUGAAACCAGAGUUCCUUGUGAAGAAGUGGUAGACAGACAGACAGAGACAUUGAGCUGAAGGGUGUCUGUAUAAAGGUCAGGACAGUAACAAGGAACAGUGGUGACUGAAAGCAGAGGAUCACCUCAGUAGAGAACUUGGGAUUGGAAAUGAGUGCUGGAGUCACUGUGCUGUCUGGUAGCCCUAUGCUGAAGUGGGAGCAGAAGGGAUGUCUGGGACACUGUUCUGAAACCCUAUUAAAGAAAAACAUCUUGUACAUCAGACAGCCCUCUUCCAGCCACAAGAGCCACAGAGGCUCUGGUUUUACUUUGCCUAGACAAUCUCAGAGACCAGUGGGACCAACACAAAACCAGUGAAUAGUUCCUUAUUGAAGCUGAACAAAAGCUUCUUCAGCCUUGAUGCGCUUUGUUUAAGUGUUACUAUUAUUCUCUCAAGUCAUACAUUAAAGGUGGACCACACA